GUUACUUGCCUCUCCCAGAGCCUGCAGCUCUGUUCGCUGAGCGAUAUGCAGGAGGACGUGACGUUGGAAGAUGCUUCGGAUCGGUGCUUAGUGGCUUCGGAGCGCACCAAGGCGACACCCUGGGGAUCAGAACUCCGGCGUCUCAGCGCCGAGUUGACGGGGUCCUCGAAGCUAAGGGCUCCCUCAGCCCUGGCAAACGCGUCGAUACAGCUUGCUGCUGUAGCCGAGGGUCUCCGCCAGGAGCCAGGAGCCGGUGUUUCGCUCCCCUCGCCCGAGCCACCGUCCCCGCCACCAGGCCCCGCGGAGGCAGCCACCCCAGCGAGCUAUGCGCAGCUGUUGCGCCAG